GUAUAAAUAAUUUGGGAGGUAGACAAGUGAAGGUUUGAAGUUGAAGGGCAAAAGGUUGCGCCGUACGCCUCCUCCAUCUAAGAAUUUUUCUUGUGCUCUUUUUCUUUUUGCUUGGGAUUUCCCUUAGUAUUCAGAUUAGCUUCAGUUUAGUCGAAAAUGGCUUCAAAUCCCAAAACCUUGACUUUUGAGGAGGUGUCUAAGCACAACCACAAAAAGGAUUGCUGGAUCAUCGUCAAUGGAAAGGUGUAUGAUAUCACCCCAUUUAUGGAUGACCAUCCAGGAGGUGAUGAAGUUUUGGUGACGUCAACAGCGAAGGACGCCACCAUUGAUUUUGAAGAUGUGGGCCACAGUGAUUCUGCCGUUGAAAUCAUGGAAAAAUACUUCAUUGGGAACUUUGACACUUCCACUUUUCCUGCCGGAGUUAACCAUGGACAGCCACCACCACCUACAAAAGCUCACGGCGGAGGCAAUCAAUCUUCUGAAUUUGUUGUAAAGAUCUUGCAAUUCCUGUUGCCUUUGUUGAUAUUGGGCCUAGCCUUUGCUCUGCAGUUCUAUGGCAAAAAGAAGCAGGCAGCACCUCCUGAAAGCUGAACUAAGCUAGAGCCGAAGUUUCAGUAGGUUACUAAUUCAUUGCCCUUAACUUGUUAUACUUUGAUCAAUGUUGUUUCUCUGUACUUAAAAUUCCUCACCCCACCCAAAACCAUGUAGGGCCUUGAUGCACUCUGGUCUCUUGACUCACUCAUACUUGUUGUUCAUUUAAACAAUUGGUUUAAACUCUCAUUUGUCAGCUUUUGAUUGACAUUGGCGCAGUGAUGGAUUUGAAUUCAAAUUGAAUGCCUUUUGAAA